AUGUCCAAUGGAGUAAUAUUCAAAGGACAGGAAAUUAUAAUUCCACAAUCUCUCCAAGCAAAUAUACUACAACAACUUCACCUGGGCCUCAUGGGGGUCGAAAAGACAAGGAGAUUGGUACGCGAGUCUGUAUACUGGUCAGGCAUCAAUCAAGAUAUCACUCGCCUAGUGCAAACUUGCCCAAAGUGCCAAGAAAACCAGCCCAGCCAGUGCAAAGAACCGAUAAAACCUCACGAGGUUUCACCAGGUCCAUGGACUAAAUUGGCGACCGACUUAUUUACAAUCAAUGAAUACUUGCUCAUUACAGAAUAUUACUCGAAAUAUCCAGUAGUGCACAAGCUGUCCAAUACCUCGAGUGCAACUAUUGCCAGAGCAAUUACUGGAACUUUCAACCUUUUUGGAGCUCCUGUGGAAAUAAUGUCGGACAACGGUUCGCAGUACACCGACAAACCUUUCACAUGUGUGCCAAGUGGAUGA